AUGCUGAGAGUUGAUCUGAAAGGCUUUGAAGGCAACGUCGCUUACGCUGAGUACGCGACUUCUAAGGUGGCAGACGAGACUGCUAAAUACCAGCUUUCGAUUGGAGGAUACAGAGGCACGGCUGGUGACUCUAUGGCUGCAAUCCCACAGCCAUUGCACAAUAUGAAGUUUUCAACUAAAGACCAAGACGAUGAUCAUGACCAUCACGUGUCCAACUGCGCCGAACGCUGUAAGGGAGCCUGGUGGUACAACAACUUCAAUGCGUCCAAUCUGAACGGAUUGUACCUCAGUGGUCCCGAAGCCCCUUUUACUAAAGGAGUCAACUGGUUUACUUUCCGGGGCUAUAGCUACUCACUAAAACGCACAGAAAUGAAAGUAACAACAAAGGCAUAA